AUCCACUUUGUUCCGGAAAAAAUAAACAGAGUAGAUGAUGUCUGGAGUCUGGACCCAUGCGUUCCGAGGGUACUGUUGAUUAAAAUAGAACUCGUUCGGCAUUUUACCGUAGCAUUUACGAUAAUUGGCUUAAACAGAUUCUAACCAUUCCAACUGUGUCGCAACAGUGAGCACUAACUGACGUUAACGUAUCUAAGAUGGCUGAGAGUGCAGACGCGGCCGCUGAAGAUAGGAAGCCAUUAAAGUCACGCUUUAACGAGUACAUUGCGGCGACUUCUGCCAGUACCGCUGUGAAGAAGAAUGGAUUAAAUGUGAAAGGGUUUAAGCGAAUUUGCGAUGAUUGUAAACUUCUGGGCAAGAAAAUGAACCAGACUGAAGCUGAUAUCAAAUUCAGCAAAGUGGCGCAGAAGAAAAAAGAAAUAAACUUCGAUGAGUUCGAAAAACUCAUAGAUGAGAUCUCUAAGGCCUACAAAGAAGACCAUAAGUCAGUAGAAGAUCCUGUCCUAGCGAUUAAAGAUAAAAUAGAGUUGAAUGGACCAAAAACACACAAUGCAACUAAAGUCGCUAAGAAGGUCGGAGGUGUUGAUCGCCUAACAGACACCAAGGGCUACACGGGGAGUCACAAGGAACGAUUCGAUGAAGAAGGCAAAGGAAAGGGAAUCGCAGGCCGAAAAAACAUUCUGGAUGGGAGUGGAUAUGUUGGAAAUUACAAGAAUAAGGACACCUAUGAUAAAACACAUUAGACUGAUAUUUAACGAUAUACAUAAAACUUCUAACUUGAACACCUAAUAUAAAUUGUCACAUAUCACGAUAUUUCCUCAUAGACACCAAAAAGACAAAAGUGGGCGUGGCACAUGCUAAUUAGCCUUUAGGAAUAACUCUGAGUAAAAGGAUCGCCACUUGUUCACGGGCGUCAUUUUUCAAUGACAUUCAUUAUAGAGCGCCUCUAGACUUUUGCCGUGUCAAAGUGUGUUCACAUUAGAUGAGUUUUACUGUAAUGAUACACGUGAAUCUUAGUCUAGCCACUAGCUUUUGUGACCCCCACUACAACAGUGUGAGCUGUGUAGUGAAGUAGAGGGGGGGGGGGGGGGGUGGGGGUCACAGAGGCUUGUAGCU